AUGCCUGGGCUUGCUUGUUGCUACCAACAUGCUGGCUUUUGUGCUCAAGUCUGCGUGGCUAUGCGCCUCUGGACUGUCUGGUUGCUGUCAAUUGCAUUGGCCAAAAAAGGUAAGCAUGAAGUUGUGUCACUGACAGAUGGGGAGCCAAAUGUCGGCAAGAACGAAAAGGCGCUCAAUCAGACGUUGAACUCCACCAGAUUCUGGGUGGUGAACUUCAAUUCGCUCCGACCCACAUGCAAGUCUUGCGCGGAUCUCGCAGUGGCGGUGCAAAAGGCUGCGAAGAAGCUGAAGAAGAGAGGUGUCCGCUGUGGGAUGAUCGAUGCAGACCUUUCGGUGAACCUCGGCGCAACAGCCAGGAACAAUGUGACCAGCAUACCCACAUUGGUCUUCUUUCGUGGUGGAAUAGCUCUGUCGAAGCUCGAGGGCAAUCAAUCAGCUUUUAGCAUCGAUCAAUGGGUGAAGGCAGUCGCUGGUCCUGAGGUUGAAGUCUUCGACACUCAAGAAGCCUUCAACACGGCUGUCAAGAAGCGCAAGACGUCUGAGACGAUGUUUGCAGCAACGGGUGGACCGGGGUUGCAGGAGUUGUUGGACCUCGUGGCUUUGAAAGGUCACAGAGAUGGCUGGGGUUCAAGGAUACGCUAUCUGUUUUGGUCCGACGGCGGCACGGGUAUGCCAUUUGCUGCUGUCUAUCGGGGUGUCAAUGAAAUGGAGCACUUUGACGUAUCUGGAAAAGUUAGUUCCGAGAUGAUGGAGGAAUUUCUGAGAGACAACUCUUUGCCGCUUUUCGGGCAAGCCACGGCAGACGACUUGGCGAAUGUUUUCGGGUCAGGGACCAAGGGCAACGUUUUCGUUUGCUUCGACCCAGAGACCUUCGACACGCAGGCGCCAGCGGCCAAGAUGUCACUGAGGUAUUCCAGGAUCUUCUACAAAGCCGCAAAGAAAUGGCGGGGAUAUGGAUUUUCGUAUCUGAAUGGCCGUGAUCCAGUGGGCAUGCUUCUCAAUAUCGACUGCAAGGAGGACUGGUUGUCCAAGCUUCGUGAGGUCAAGCGGAAGUUGGGUACUGAGAGCGCAGAUGCGCAGCUGGAGUCACAAGCGCUUGCAGCUGUGGAAGCAGGGCACGCUGCUGUGGAGCAACUUUGUCAGGCAUGGUCUCGGCAGCUCAACACGGCUGCAACCGUUGCCGGAAGCCACGGCGUUGCAAGAGACGGGACCUGGCAAGCGCUGCUGCGGAGCCGCGCGGUCGAGACGUUGCUUGAGGGCAGCUGCCGACAUGCGCAGGGCCAACCUCUGGGCCAAUUCGAUGGUAGCGCCUUGCGGCUACUGAUGGCUCGGGUUUUGCCUGAUGACCACGCUGCAUUGGGCCAGGAGUUGGUCACAGUGCUUUCAGGUGAGCGCGGCGAUUUGGCCAGCGAAGACCACACGCAGUUUGCGGCAGCAAUGCUUGCCGGUGGAAAGGUGGACUGGCAAUCCGAGGCCAACUUUGCGGAGCAGUGCGAGCUGAAGAAGAAGUGCGAGACGCUGCGGCAGGAGAUGCAGAAGCUUGGAGAGCGGCAUGGUGAAGCUUUGGACAGGCCAGCUCGCGUGCAGAUCUCUGCUGAGCUGCUGGGCCUCUAUGAAGCAUUGCACCAAAGUUUGGAGGAGGCAGAGUGCCAGAGCACAUCUACAGCCGAGGCCCGCCAUCAGGGUUUCACGCGGCUUUUGGCGGACAUUGAGGCACAUGCGGCAUCUUUGGAAGGCUCCGAAGGCGUUGGCCAGCGGCAGCGCUGCUUGCAAGAAGAGCUUCGGCAGGCCCACGACUUGCUCGCAGAGGAGUUGUCCCAGAUCGACGAGAAGAGAGCCGCGGCGGACCGUCAGAUCGAGCGCCUGGAGACGCAGAAGUUGCAGAUCCGUCAGCGGCUGCAGGGCCUCGACGACAAGCUGCACGCGGCGCGGGAAGCGCAGCGGACCUGCCUCGCGGAGCGGGACGGGCGCAGGGCAAAGGUUACGGAGGUGGAGGCUCAGUUUCACCAGCGUCUACAGGGGGUGGAGCAACAAGGACUGCAGGCACGAAAAGAGGUCGCUGCGGCAGAGAAGGUGCGGGAAGCUGCGGUUCAGGCCGAAUCCUUGACUUCCCAGUCGCUGAAAGCUGGUGCUGAGGAGCUUGCCGCCAAAGCCAGCCAGUUCGACGGCCACCUCCUGAACGUCUUGCUGGACCACGUCAGCCAAGAAGAGCGCCGGAUUCAGCAGAUCGCCGCUGAAGCUGAGGAGUGUGCCCAGAUUGUUCAGAGGCACAAGGCGGAGAUCGAGCUGCUGCAAGUCAUGGAUCGGCCGGCGCAGAGUGUGCUGAGCUCUUUGGAACACAAGCGACUUUGUCAGACUGCGUCGGGAGCAGAUGCUGCUUUGAAGGCUUGCGCUGGCUUUGUCCGAGACUUUGGGCCGUUCCUCCAGCAAGAUGCAAAUGCACAAGCGCGUUUGCGGAAGCUUGAAGCCGAUCACGCCCAGGUGCUUCGCAAGUUGGCACCUUGCAGAGCAUUCAUCGGAGGAGCUGCAGAAGCGUCACCUCAGUCAUCGAAUUCACCCCGCUUCGCUGCUCAGCCACCACAUUCUCCAGGCUACCCGGAAGGCCAAACAAACUUGCAAAUGCCAUCGCAGGCAUCGACGAUGCCUGGGCAGGGACCUGACCAGCUGCAUACGCAAUACCAGCUGCACAGCCCACGGCUGCAGCAACUGCAACAAGCACAGCAGCCAGCGCAACCGCCAGCAGCGCAGCUGAUGCAACAGUCAGUGCUUGCACAAUCGCAAACAGCAGCGCAGCAAUCUCUCCCUCAAGCAGCGCAACCACCUGCACAAUACUCAGUGCAACAGGCAGCACAGCUGCCAACGCAACAGGCAGCACAACAGGCAGCGCAGAAGCUAGCGCCUGCACAGCAGGCAGCCCAACCGCCAACGCAACAGCCAGCACAAGAGCCAAUGCAACGGCCAGCGCAACAAUCAGCACCACAACCAACGCAGCCGCCAGUGCAGACGCCAGCGCAACAGCCAGCGCCACAACCAACGCAGCAGCCAGUGCAGACGCCAGCGCAACAGGCAGCACCACAGCCAACGCAGCCGGCAGUGCAGACGUCAGCGCAACAGGCAGCGUCGCCGCCAGCACAGCAGCCAGCGCAACAGGCAGCACCACAGCCAACGCAGCCGCCAGUGCAGACGCCAGCGCAACAGGCAGCGUCGCCGCCAGCACAGCAGCCAGCGCAACAGGCAGCACCACAGCCAACGCAGCCGCCAGUGCAGACGCCAGCGCAACAGGCAGCGUCGCCGCCAGCACAGCAGCCAGCGCAACAGGCAGCACCACAGCCAACGCAGCCGCCAGUGCAGACGCCAGCGCAACAGGCAGCGUCGCCGCCAGCGCAGCAGCCAGCGCAACAGGCAGCGCCACAGCCAACGCAGCCGCCAGUGCAGACGCCAGCGCAACAGGCAGCGUCGCCGCCAGCGCAGCAGCCAGUGCAGACGCCAGCGCAGACGCCAGCGCAACAGGCAGCACCACAGCCAACGCAGCCGCCAGUGCAGACGUCAGCGCAACAGGCAGCGUCGCCGCCAGCACAGCAUCCAGCGCAACAGGCAGCACCACAGCCAACGCAGCCGCCAGUGCAGACGCCAGCGCAACAGGCAGCGUCGCCGCCAGCACAGCAGCCAGCGCAACAGGCAGCACCACAGCCAACGCAGCCGCCAGUGCAGACGCCAGCGCAACAGGCAGCGUCGCCGCCAGCGCAGCAGCCAGCGCAACAGGCAGCGCCACAGCCAACGCAGCCGCCAGUGCAGACGCCAGCGCUACAGGCAGCGUGGCCGCCAGCACAGCAGCCAGCGCAACAGGCAGCACCACAGCCAACGCAGUCGCCAGCGCAGCCGCCAGUGCAGACGCCAGCGCAACAGGCAGCGUCGCCGCCAGCACAGCAGCCAGUGCAGGCACCAGGACCAGCGCAUUAGGCAGUGCAGCAAGCAAUGCAUUUAAAUCCUAUGAUCCAACACUGCAGUUCACGUCGCAGUUAGAAGCCGCUCACGAUACGGAUAAUAUUGCAGGCAGCAAGAGCUACCCGUACAACAACAUUGCCGAGUCUUUCGCAGCUUGCUUGGCCGAUGCAGCAAGCGAGACAGACAGAUAGGGUAAAGCGAAAGACAACGGAGGUUGGCGCCCAGCAAAAGUUGCAGGUUCGAACCUUGAGCAAGGGAUUCCCCAAAAAAUGCAGCUGGGGACACGCUUGAUCCGCUCGAGCUCCCCGAUGUGCGGAGCCGCUUGACAUAUUGACGCGGGAGCCAACGUCGAUGAGCAGCAGGCUUCGGAGACGGAGGGCUGAGGAAUUCGAUGCAGAGCAGCUGCUGCACUGGUGGACAAGCAUCAUUGCCAGUGCCAUUGUUUGCGCUUGGCAGAAGUUGCUUUCGCCUAGAGUUGAUGAAAUUGGCGGCAUGACAGCCGCCCAGAGAAUUGCAGCGCUGGC